AUGAACGACUAUUUCAAAUGCCACGAGAAGUGUGGACGGUCAUUUUCGGCGCCAGGAGGCCUGACUCGUCAUCGCCAAAGUUGCUCUUACUGGCAGCAGCAGCUGAUACAACAGUCCUUACAUUUCAAACGAGCCUCAGAAAUCAGGCAAGGAGCGUCUGCAGCUAAGAAGAUCAAGCUUAGUACUGCUCAAACCACCAGUGAGGACGCCACAAUGUCAGAUGUGCCUUCUCAAGUAGCUUCAACGCCUGGAAUCACAUCUGCUGCCAGUAGCAGCAGUUAUACACUCCCGGGCCCAUCGUUCACUGGCGACUCGGAGCUUCGGCCCAGGGAGCAUAGCCUUUUGGAGGAGCAGCCUCAGGCUGAACCAUCCAUGGAAAUUCCUACUCCUGAAGGCAUUCGCCCUACUCGCUCCCGCCGGUUACCUAUGCGAUUUCGUGAUGAACCUCCUGUGCCACCACCUCUGGUCCCUCAGUCUCCUCCAUCUACACUUCCCCGAGUCAUCCUCCACGUAUUUGAUUCUUUCUGGACAUCCCUAAACCAAUUCGGCAUUGGGCGAGACUAUCAUCAUCGACCAACACACGAUCCUGAUGUGUUCGUCUCUUCAGAUCAGCUAUCCAAUUUUUAUUCCAACGCGAGUUUUAAUCCUGAGCUACCUAGUAAUUCUGAGGCGACAUCUUCCUCAAAGGCUCCUCCUUGGCCAUGGCGAAACAUGAGUGUCUGGCGCCUCAUGAGCUGGAUGCUGACCGGUGUAGAAACAACAAUACUGCGAGGAGCAAACAAAGCUCCAGGCUGUAUCUGUAAAUGUUGUGAGGUCGCGCGUUGCCUAGUCUGCUAUACCUGA